UAUCCAACAGUGCUGGUGAGACAGAAGUUUCAGCUUUGCGCUUCACACACAGCCAGGACAGAAGAUACCACACAGAUACAAUGAUGCUCCCAGCAAGCCUGCUUAUUGGCCUGCUGUGCCUGUGCCAUGUUGGCAGUGCAUGGGGUUUUGCCCGUCUGCUGGAUGACGUGGAGCUACGCUCAGCUUUCUCUGUUGCACGCACCAACAGCAUGGAAGGCGGGCCCAAGAUGACUGUGACCUUUGACACUGUUUAUGUCAACAUCGGAGGGGAUUUUGACCCCAAGGCUGGCUUGCUGCGCUGUCGUAUCCCCGGGGCCUACUACUUCUCCUUCACAGUGGGCAAGUUUCCACACAAAGACCUGUCUGUGAUGCUGAUGAAGAACAGGAACGAGGUGCAGGCCAUUGUGUAUGAGGAAAAUGCUGGAGAGGAAAGGAAGGUACAGAGCCAGAGUGUCAUGCUGCAACUGGAGUUCGGCGACACCGUCUGGCUUCGUCUCCAUGGUGACCCGCGCUAUGCGCUCUACAGCAACACCGGACACUACACCACCUUCAACGGUUACCUUGUCUACCCCGACACCUACGGCUACCAGACACACCACCAUCAACACCAUCCUGACUUCGCCUCCCAGCAGCCCCAGCAAGACAACACCCCCCUGUUAGACAGUAACCAGGCCACAGAGCACGUCAGAUCUGGAAAAGGAGAUUCAGUGGAGGAGAAGGAGUUGCAACAUAGGGAGGAAGAGGAAGAGGAUGACGAUGACGAAAAUGACCAAAGAUCUGCCUUCUCAGUGGGGCGCACCCAGAGCAUCGUGGGAGUAGACCAAGUGGGCAUGCCACACCACCAGCCAGUCAGCUUCGACACAGCAUUCGUCAACAUCGGUGAAGACUUUAACGUGACGGAGGGGAUGUUCACUUGCCGCGUUCCCGGGGCCUACUACUUCUCCUUCAACGUGGGCAAGCUGCCGCAGAAGACGCUGUCCGUCAAGCUGAUGAAGAACCGUCUGGAGGUGCAGGCGAUGAUCUACGACGACAGCCAGGGUGAGAAAGCUCUACAGAGUCAGAGCUUGAUGCUGGCGCUGAAACCAGGAGACACAGUCUGGCUCUACUCCCACCAGAGAGAUGGCUUUGGGGCCUACAGCAACCACGCCAAAUACAUCACCUUCACUGGCUUCCUGGUUUAUCCAGACUUCCCCACUGCCACCACCACUACCACCACUAGCCAAUCAUAUGCAGACAAGAAACCCUAGCUGCAGCACGGGCUACGGACUGAACACUGUGGGAGGAAUUCGUGCAAAGUGGAAAAGUCUCAAGAGUCCACAAAAGGUGUUGGGCAGUUUCUGAGUUGUGUGGAGAAUACUUGUAAUACACAAAUGUUGCUUCGUGGUUGUCUUUGAAGCUUCCUCUUCAUAUGAAUUCCUUCGCAAAGUCACAGGGACCUUGGACUGAGUGCAGAGCUUAAAUGAAAAUCUCUUCAAUUUCCAGCUAAUGGCUUCAUGGCACUCAAAUGUGGAACCUUGAAUGACAGUAAUGUGAACUCUAAUUGAAUAUUUCACUCUGUAAUGAAAAUCCAGUCAUUACCUGCUCACCUUUGUGUCAGCCAAACUCUCAUUUAAGUUAGUGCAGCCACCAAAACACACACAAGGAGUUAGAUUCCUUUUUUCAGCUGUCAACUGUUAGUACACCAUGAUUGAAUUUUAUAUUCAAAUGAUUGCACAUCCUCUGGUGCAAUUCCGUCUGAUUAUCAGCCUCAAAGAAAGCAGUGAUUUAAAAAAGCUGAUGCAUGUUUUAUGCAAUCUGGCUUCGGAAACUGUUCGGAAAAGAGUUCGCACUUUCAAAAAAUACUACAGGUGAUUGGAUGAACCAUCUGUGAACUUCAACCAAUCAGAUCAAUAAACAGUAUAACGCAUUUGAACCAAAGCCAGUUGGGAGAAGAGCGAAAACAUCUUGUCCAUAGAGAAAAGCCUUUAGUGCUAACCUCUUUAGCAGCCACUAGCCUAUUGUUGUUUUUGAGGAAACAGUCAGUUCUCACACGCAACAUUACACACACACCUAGCGUUAAAGCACUCCCUUAGCUCGUGCCGUAGCAUUCUUGUUCAUUUUGUGAUGAUUUUGUGAUGUCCAGCUGCCUCACAAGGUCGUAUUUUAUGCUCUUUUUCUCUCUAAAUCAAGCUCACUGCUGUAGUAUUCCUACAUAUAGUUUUGACUGACAUGAAGGUGAGCACGUAAUGUGAAGUUGAAGUGAAAUAUUUCUGUAAGUGCAUUUGUUAUCCUUGUCAAAGACUUGGUGUUUCUGCUUGUAUGUAAAAAAGUCACUUUACUUUCUUUAUGUCUUUAGAGGCAUGUGAAAUCAAUAUGAACAGUGUGUUUUGUGUCAAAAGGAGUGGAGUGUUUCUCGCCCUGAUACUCGGCCACAGCGGGAGCAGAGGACGACAGGACAAAACUGACUUAGUUUUGGAAAAGUGGAGACUGCAUAUCCAUCCCGUACCGACUGUUGACCACAUGCCGCUGUGGGCCUGCGGGGAUCUGGACCAUAAUUUGAUUUCUAAUUCUAGCAGCGUUUAAUUCAUUUCUUCAGAUGGCGACCACUGUGGGGAAAAUUGAAUUGCUUCUCCCAGGCCACUGUAAUAUGCAUGUCUGUUUAAUUUCACACCGCCGGGAGAAAGAUGAUGCUGUUCAAAUUGUGAUGAACCUUGAAUUUAUGAAAUCACCUUCUCUGUUGGAGAGUGAAGUGAUGCUUCACUGUGAUUGAACAUAUAAAUUUUUUUAUUAGAGUUAACUGGAUGUGAAUUUCAGAGAAGAGGUGUUCUGAUAUAGACUACAAUCUACACCAGGGUACUGCAAGCAGGCCAAUUCAAAGUCAAACUGCUCCAGAACAAAACAACUCUAUAUAAAUUCAAAUUAUAAAUGGACUACAAUUUUAAAGGGAUGGUUCACCCAAUUGCUGCUGCCACUACAGUACAAUAGAAGUAAGAACCAGUUGUGUGUUUGCUACUGAAAAAGCAUUGAAAAAAUACAUUUAAAGUUACACCAAUCAAUAUUUUUGUGCAACAGCGGACCAAGUGACUAUACGUAAUAUGAAAAUAAAAGGGUUGCUUUUAGAGACAAACCUUUAGAGAAUCUUCACCUGACUUGUAGCAUCUUUUAGCUCAAUGUUUUAGUUUUACAGCUGGGAAUUUUACUGUUUUAGUUCACUGCUCUCAUCAGAGUUGUUUCCAGUCAAAAAAAAAACUAAAGCAAAGAAAUCUCUGUUAAACCCACUAUACGCAACCUACCCAUUACCAAAUGACAGACACAGCGACUAGUUCCUGAAAAUAGUGGAGCAGGUCAGGAAAAGAAAAAAAAGGUGAUUGUUUUCUGAAUGUUUAUGUUCUUUUCUCAAAUGAAAUACUGAACACGUUCACCAUUUCAGACCUUUCAGAACUAUCAAAGUAAAGCAUACAGUAUUAAACCUAUUGUAAGAGGUCACAAGUAGGCAUUGUUCAGAGCAUUGGUUCCCAACUUUGAGGUCAGAACCCCCUCACGGGUUCCAAGAUAAAUAUGAGGGGUCACAAGAUGAUUAACAAGAAGAUGGGACAAUAUGUUCAACCCAAUUAUGUUUAUUUUUUCUGAACCUCUAAAUGAGAAAGAAUCUGAGAGGCAAAACAUCUCUCGAAACAGGUUGGAAACCACUUACAGAUCCUGGACCACUUUGGAAACCACUCAGCUGGUCCACAAACCUACAUGCAUGAUAAAAAAGUCUCCUUUCAAAUGAAAUAUCACAAAAAGCUAGUGGAGAUGGAUGCUGUGCUUUUGUCUGUAAAGAAAUCCCUGAAAGGACUGCAUCCAGACAACAAAGCACAACACUCGAAUACAUUCUAUUUUUAUUAUUACAAAAUAUCAAGGCCAAAUAAAACAUUACCGAGAUAAACAUGAAAAUGGUAACACUCUGUGCAGUCAGAUUGAGGUGAUUUUCUUCCAUCUCAUUAAGCGUUCACCUCACAGUGAUCUCCUUGGCACCGGGGAAAUGGUCUCACACCUUCUCUGAAAACUAAUAACAGACAGCGGGUCUUAGUCUUCACACUUUCAACAGGUCUCUCUGCACCAGUGUUACUAAUCGAUCAUUUCCUGUUCUGUACGGCUGCAGCGACUUCUAAGAAAGUGACAACAGUUUGGACAAUGAGAUGCAAAUUUUUUUUCUCACAGUAUGAAAUUAGACUGAGAGUGUGCCUCAUUUGAGAUAAUAAGGUAUUCUGUCACAGUCUAACCCUCGGUGGUUUCUCUAUUGCAGCCUCAGUGAGCGAGCGACGCACAGGGGUGGACCUAUGAUUGCUUCAGUUUUACUUUAAAACAGACCUGACCCAGUUCAGUAAAUCAGUCUGUGAAGGCAAUUCCUGCUAAGAAAUAGAGAGAGAAAAAUCCUGCACAGAACUGGUGUGUGAAGUGACUUGAGCAUAACUCAUCUGACACACUCAGAAGCACUUGUGUGAUGCAUGCAUAUAACUGAAAAAACAAUGAAUUAAAAAGAUACUUUCUCAUGAUGGCUGGACAGCUUCACAGGCCCAGUCGACGCCUGUUAACCGUGUAUUUUUAUUAAGUGAAUUAUCUGUACAGUAACUGACAAUAUGUUGGAUGUUUCUGGUCUGUGCUUCUUUCUUUCUGGUGAUUCUAAUGAAAGAUUGAUCAUUGUGUAUUAGAAACUGUGUCAAGCAGAUACGGGUCACAAUGUGGUUGAAAGUACUUUCUGGUUAUUGCUCGGAUCAGUUGGCCACACUGCCAGAAUUAGCAAUUUGUGUCUCAAAAGCACAAAAUCAACCAUGAUGGAAAAAUAACCUAAAGGAGAAUAAUAAAAAACAUUUUGACCUGUCUGUGUUUUUAGUAGUCUGGCUCAUGUUGACUCUUUAAUAUGUUUUGAGUAUUUCUUACAUGUAAAAUGAAUGCUUCAAUGAAAAUGUUUGACAAAAUAAAAAACAAGA